AUGUCGACAUCAAACCCCACCCCCGAGGAGCCGAUAAGGGCUGAGCUGCCGCCUCUGUCGGACCGGGACUUUAAGAUUUAUAACCGUCUUGCCGAGAAGAUGGACUACUUUCAUGACCACUUCCGCCGAUCAUGGAACCUCCUCUGGGGAGCAUGCACAACCAACAAGCGGCCGCAGGGCAUGUCGCUUAAGCAGUUCCUUCUUGAGGGCAUCCAGUUUGCCGACCACCUCACGGUGCACCACGGCAUCGAGGAGACGUACGUGUUUCCCGUGCUGGCCAAGAAGAUGCCCGAGUUCCGCGGUGGGCGGGCCGAGCUCCUGCGCCAGCACAAGCAGAUCCACGCUGGGCUUGAUGUCUUUGCAGAAUACCUGCGACAAUGCAGGGCCGGCGAGGUCGACUUUGAGAUGGACGUGCUUAAGGAAAAGAUGGAGGGGUGGGGAGAGGUGUUGUGGAAGCAUCUGGAUGAGGAGGUCAAGACGCUGGGAGCGGAGAAUAUGAGGAGGUAUUGGACAAAGGAGGAGAUAAUGAGGUUGCCCAUGUGA